GUUUCUAAAGAGACGGGGAAGACGACUGAAGACAUUCAGGAGGAGGCGUCGGCCAUCCUGGAGGAGAUGGCUCACUCUCAGCAGCUUAGCACCAUUCGCUUCUUUGCCUUCACACUCAGCAAGAUCUUUAAAACCCUGUUCAGGAGCAUCUGUGUCAACGAGGAGGGCAUCCAGAGGCUCCAACAGGCCAUUCAGGAGCACCCGGUAGUCCUGUUACCCAGUCACCGUAGCUACAUGGACUUCCUGCUGAUGUCAUACAUCCUGUAUACCUACGACCUGGCUCUGCCUGUCAUCGCUGCCGGCAUGGACUUCAUGGCGAUGAAAUUUGUUGGGGAGAUGCUGCGGAUGUCCGGCGCUUUCUUUAUUCGGAGGUCGUUUGGUGGAGACAAACUGUACUGGGCCGUCUUCUCAGAGUACGUCAGGACCAUUUUGAAG